AUGGAAUCCAACCCAGAUUCAACGACCUUGGCCCAGCAAGUUCAAGCCCUGGCAGCCACCAUUGAGGAACUCACCAGGCAGAACCAGGAAAUGAAGUUGCGGCUCCAACAGGUUCAAAAAGCUCAACAGGAAGAAAACCGGUCCAAGGGUAACACGGAGGGAGAGGGGGAUAGCCAACAGAGGGAAACCCCCCAGAGACCAACUACUCCGGAAGAACAGAACUCAGAUCUUCUUCGGGAAAUGAGGAAAGAGAUGGACGAACUAAGGAGCGCUAUCAAGGAAAAGACAGACCGGAGUGUAGACAAGAUGGUAAGGGCUACAGAUUCGCCCUUCACUGCAGUGGUACUUGAUUGCCCCAUGCCGUCAAAGUUUCGCCUGCCUCAGCCAUUACACUCGUCCCCCAACGUACGUGACAAGAACAAGUAUUGCCGGUUCCACAGAGACCACGGCCACAAUACAGAAGAUUGCAGAGACCUGAAGGAACAAAUAGAGGAGUUAAUACGGAAAGGAAAGUUGCAGAAAUAUGUAAAGAAAGGAGAAUAUAGCAAGUUUAGAGACGACAACAAGACCCAACAUGAAUCCUUCACUCGGGAUGACGACCAUACGUCCCAACCUCCACGCAAAGUGAUCGGGGAGAUAAACACGAUCACGGGAGGACCAUUCUCAGGAGGGUCAUUCAGAUCACUUAGAAAAGCAUACCACAGACAGGUAAACAGCGUCCACGCCAUUCCUCCGUCCAAGUACCGACGAACAUACCAAGAUAUGUCCUUUAAUGAAGGAGACGCCAGGGUAGUGAAGCAGCCUCACAACGAUCCCCUGGUCAUAGUGCUGAAUAUAGAAGGGUUCAAUACCAGAAGGAUCCUUGUUGAUAACGGAAGCUCAGCGGAUAUCAUCUACCUCCCAGCCUUCCAGCAGUUGAAGUUAGAUCCAAAAAGGCUCCGUCCUUUCGACUCUCCACUUGUCAGUUUCAGUGGAGACAGGGUCUACCCCAGGGGUAUAGUGACUCUGACGGUGACAGCAGGGACCUAUCCGUUGCAGCUGACCAAACAAGUAGAUUUCCUGGUGAAAUUCCCAACAGACGAUGGUGUGGGUGAAGUGAAGGGUGAUCAGGUCCUGGCAAGGGAGUGCUACCAGGCCGUACUGGCAAGAAAGGAGAACCACACGUGGACGAUAGAAGAAAAAGAGGAAGACGGAGUGGAGAUCCUGGAAGCAGUGGAAUUGGUAGAAGGAAAUGCGGACAGGACAACCAGAAUAGGGACGACGCUAAGCCCUGAGAUGAGAGCGAGACUCAUAAAGUUCCUUAAAGGGAAUCUUGAUGUCUUUGCAUGGAGUCACGAGGACAUGCCAGGCAUAUCUCCAGAGAUCAUCCAGCAUAGACUGAAUGUGGACCCCAACAGGAAGCCCGUUCAGCAACGACGAAGAACUUUCGCUCCAGAGCGAGAUCAGGCAGUAGCAGAGGAGGUAACCAAACUCUUGACGGCAGGGUUCAUCCGGGAGGUAUACUACCCAGAAUGGCUCGCCAACGUCGUCCUGGUAAAGAAACCAAAUGGAAAGUGGAGAAUGUGUGUAGACUUCACUGACCUGAAUAAAGCAUGCCCAAAGGACAGCUUCCCUCUACCAAGGAUAGACCAGCUUGUGGACUCUACCGCUGGACACAAGUUGUUGACGUUCAUGGACGCCUUCUCAGGGUACAACCAGAUAAAGAUGGCUGAAGAAGACCAGGAGAAGACGGCCUUCAUCACCAGCCAGGGACUCUAUUGUUACAAGGUGAUGCCUUUUGGGCUGAAAAAUGCUGGAGCUACAUAUCAGAGGAUGGUAAACAAAAUGUUCAACCAACAAAUUGGCAGAAACAUGGAGGUAUACGUAGACGAUAUGCUCGUCAAGAGUAAGGAAGAGCUCGCACAUCUGGACGACCUGGAGGAGACUUUCACAACCCUGAGAAAACACCAGAUGAAGUUGAAUCCAAACAAAUGUGUUUUUGGGGUAGCCUCGGGAAAAUUCUUGGGAUUCAUGGUGUCCCAAAGAGGAAUAGAAGCCAAUCCAGAAAAAGUACAAGCUAUCAUUGACAUGGCCCCACCCAAGACCGUCAAGGAUGUACAAAAACUUACAGGAAGGAUAGCAGCUCUAAAUAGGUUCGUCUCUAGGGCCACAAACAAAUGCCUGCCCUUUUUCAAAACCCUCAAGCAAGCUUUCGCUUGGAUCGACGAAUGCGAAGCAGCGUUCCAAGAGCUGAAGCGAUAUCUGAGCAGUCCACCUCUCCUGAGCCCGUCCAAAGGAGGGGAGAACCUAUACUUGUACCUGGCGGUGUCAGCCUCGGCAGUCAGCGCAACCUUGAUUAGAGAAGAAGGCAAGAAGCAACUCCCGAUGUACUACGUCAGUCAGGCCUUUCAAGGAGCUGAGUUCAGCCAAUUUGACAUCGAGUACCAUCCAAGAGCAGCCAUCAAGGCACAAGCUCUGGCUGACUUCAUCGCUGAAUUCACUCUUCCAGACGAAGAAGGAACUACAGACGAAGUUGAUAAAUGGACAAUACAGACAGAUGGUUCGUCAGCCCAAAAGAGGGGGGGAGUAGGGGUCGUCAUAACUACCCCCGACGGAGAAGUGAUGAAAUAUGGAGUUCAACUGGAAUUCCCAGCCACCAAUAACGAAGCCGAAUAUGAAGGAAUAUUGACGGGCUUGAGGCUUGGAAAAGCUCUUGGUACCAAAAAUUUGCUGGUCCAGAGUGAUUCAAAGCUGGUAAUCGGACAGAUCAGUGGAGAGUACGAGGCAAAGGAGGAAAGGAUGCAGAAAUACCUUAAACUGACGAGGCAACUAACUCAGGAGUUCGACACAGUGGAUUUCGUCCAGAUACUAAGAAACAAGAAUAUUGAAGCUGACGAAGUGUCGAAACUAGCGUCGUCAGAAGCAGGAAUGACGAGCACAGACGUGGCAAUAGAAAUUCAGAAAUACCCAAGUAUUGAAGAGGUGGCAGUGCUCACCACCCAGAGCCCAAACACCUAG